AAGACCCCCAGCUGUUAUUUUUGUUGGAAAGCUAAGCUAACUUACCAUCAUUGCCCUCCUUCCCCCAGUUCCUUCCACUGAUAAGCCAUCAGUUGAGACUACUACUAAAGAAGAAGCUGUCACUACUGAAGCACCCCCCACAGGUGUGGAGAUUGGAAUGUUGCCCCCCAACUCAGACUACAGUAUUUCAGGAACUCUCUUUAUACUGGACACAAAAACACUCCUCAUCGAAGACUUCAACUACGAUGGCAAUGCACCAGGUGCCUUUCUCUACUACUACCCUCCUGGUCAGGUUAUAGACAAGAACGGUGGAGGUUUUUUCAUACCAGUACCCGGUGGAAGAGAGAACGGAGGGUUUAAGAUUGGACGUAGCUACUUUAAUGAAGAACUCCUGGUCCCACUGCCUGAGGGCGUGGAUGCGUGUGACAUUGGCACGUUCACAAUCUGGUGUAUGCCAUUCACUGUCUUCUUUACAGUCCUCCCCUUUCCAACUGAAAGGAUAUUUGUGCAAGAAACCGAUGAGUGCAUUAUUCAGCCUGGGUUGGGGACACUAGUACCAUUCAAGUGUCCCAAUAGAAGGAGCGUCGGUUCUGCUAGGGAUUGUGAUUUUGACAACUGUGCUGCCCUUGACGACCAGCUACAGCUGUCCUGGACUGUCAGAAAUGAUAUGCAAAUGAUUGACUUUAGACUCUGCGGCUGUCUAAGUGGUGAUCCAAACCUGAACCAGUACAUGGGAUUCGGACUCAGUGGCAACACCAACCGGACACACAUGAUUGGGGCAGACCCUGUCAUUACGUGGGUUGACGAGACCACUGGACCUCAAGCAGUCGACUAUUUCCUCACUGGCUACUUCCAGUGUCGAGAUGGUCGUGGUGCAUGCCCUGACGAGGACCAUUUCAGUGGUAGCUGCUCCAAUGACAUUGUCUCUGUGAGUGGAUCCAGACAGGGAGGGCAGCAGUGUGUCAUCUACAAACAAAGCUUCUCUACCAAUGACAGUACGUGUGAUAUUCCCAUUGACCCUCUCAACAUGGAACAGUACAUUGUGUGGGGAGUGGGUGGUCUCGGAGAGACUGCUUUCCAACAUUUCAAGAGAGCAUCAGCGUCUGACCCUCCCAUCCAUUUUGGUAGGACUCCAGUUAACAUGUGUCCCCGUGAGGUCCAGUGCCGACAGUGCAGUGAACCAUUUGAAGCAGCUGUGAUUGAGGCUCUUGAAGACACUAUCUUCUCUGUUAGCAUAGGACCCUCUGGUGCUGACAGAGGCUAUGAGGCCAUUACUGGUCAAGUGGGAUGGGGCAUUGCUUACUACAUCAAUAGCACCUUGGUACCUGAGCUGGUGGUACAGAGAGGCCAGGCCUACGUGUUCAUUGUAGAGGCAGGGAAUAAUCCUGACAACCCAGCCAAUUAUCACCCCUUCUACAUCACUGAUGAUAUUCACGGGAGUCGAGUGUUCAAAACACCUGAAGAGAAGAUGGCUGAGACUGUAUUUGCUGGUUUCGAUGGUGACAACGUUACUGCAGCUGGUCGACUUUGUGCAUGCAGAGAGGGUGCCGAGGCUGCCAGGGUGAGAGAGAGUUGUGGGAGUCGCCAGGAAUACGAGGAAAGUCAAGAGUGCGGCUGUGAAGAAGGGGGAGCAGCCAUUCUAAUUUGGAUCCCUGACAAAGACACUCCAGACAUAGUCUACUAUCAGUGUGCCAUUCACCUCAAUCUGGGAUGGAGGAUCCGUGUACAAGACGCCCCAGAUCCCUGCGACGAGUUGAGCUGUCCCUCCCACGCUACUUGUGAGACGUAUACAGAUCCAUUAGGUGGAUCAGAUGCUGCCUUCUGCCGCCCGUCCUGUGAGUUGGAGAAUGGUGGUUGUGCUGAGGACGAGGUCUGUUCUCUUGUGGAACAAACUAAUUGCCUUGCUGAUGGACCCUGUCCACCUACUGUGCAGUGCUCUCCUCCAGAUCCUUGCAGUACAUUUAGAUGCCGAAGGGGCUACAGGUGUCAAGUGUACGAGCCGACCAAUGAGGCGUACUGUGAGCCAGCAUGUGACCUGUUUAAUGGCGGGUGUACUACGGGAACCUACUGCAUUCUUCGCCAAGAUCGCAAUUGCAGUGAGGGCCCGUGUCCAUCUCUAAAGAGCUGUUGUUUUUUCCCGCGCUGUGACAUGCACGUCUGUAGCGCCAAGGAGAACAGGAGAAGCCCAUGCAUUAUUGAUGCAGAGGAUUCCCAAUGUGAUGAAGAGGAGUGUCCAUUUACUUACUGUCGUAAUUGUUACUUCUCGUCCCAAAAUCAGCCAUUGCCAGGCAACUGUGGGACAUGUAGUGAACACGAUAUCUUUAAUAAAUGUACUCAAAGAUGGGCAACUUGCACCAGAAGAGCACAUUUAGCUGCUUAUGGACAGGCAUGGCCUCGUCAGUCUCUAAGGAAAGAGGAGGAUUUUCGCUGUCACAUACUUCCAUGUCCAUCACUCUGAUUUAUUCUAACAGACUAUAAGAAACAUUUUAGCUAUAAUUUUAGAGGGAGAAUUGAGAAUUGCUUUUGAAUAAGUACAUUCGUAAGUAUAAAUUAUGAACAAAUGAAGUUAAUUAUUGUCAAAACAAUGCUAUUUUGCCAAACAUUUUGUAAAAGUUA